CCACUGACGAGUGACACUGACGGACGACCAGACGACCUCGUCAAAAUUGAAAAUACCGAAAUGGUGAAAUCGAAUAUCGAACCAAAACAAAAAAAGAAAUUGGAGAGCUGCCGCACUAUUGCAGCAACAUCAAACUAGCUAAAUAUAAUAGUAUAAUAUAAUAUAAUACCAAUAAAAUAAAGGCUUUAAAUUAUUAUUAUUUAUUAAUAUUAAAAUACGACAGUUUUUUUUUUUUGCAAUCACAUACCCCCGUCCACCGAGUACCGACCAAACGCACUACGACAAGUCACAAGUGACAACAUUUAGCAAGUAGCAACUUGUCAGAUAGUGAUAUUAUUAUCAUCUCGUCCACAUUAUCAUCGUCGUUUUUGUUAUUGCUCAUUUGCUCCUCACUACGCCGUUCACCGUUCGCGGUCUGCGAGUUCGCACUACGAUUUACGCACUACUGGGUAGUGCUAACGGCGAUGCUUAUCCUUUAUGUGUUGUACCACGAUCGUAUACUUGCCAGACUGAUCAUCCUAUUACUGCUCCUGAUGCUCAUGAUUUUCAUCGACUUUUACGUGACCCACCGCAGUCAAAACUUCAUCAAGUCGUUGAACAAGAAAUCCAACAACAUCAAAGGUUAAACGCCACACAGCCAUGGACACGAUGCCGACGACAUCUUCCGAGGACGAUGCUAAAGUGUUGUUCCGCAAGGGAGUUGACUAUGAACGUGAGGGUUUCCACUACGAGGCGACACGUUGCUACAAGCGAGCGCUGAAGUUAGACCCUGAUGUUGAGAAAAAAAUUGCUGAUGAAGAAUUAGUUUCACGCUCUAUGGAUACAACUGAUGAAAAUAAUGUAAGCAAUGACAAAAGCGAAGACGAAUAUGAUAACAAAGAAGACCUUUUCUUGAGAUUUCAGAGAAUAUUGGGACCUCUAAUAUGCUUUCCAGCACGUGCGCAACUAACCACUCAUUUUUCAGCUCUUCCCCCUGAGCUUGUUAUAUACAUAUUUCGGUGGGUUGUAUCUUAUGAUCUUGAUCUACGUAUGUUAGAACAGUGUGCAGCUGUUUGUCGUGGUUGGUACUUGUGUGCCAGAGAUCCCGAAUUGUGGCGUCGAGCAUGCUCCAAAUUUUGGCCUUCAAAUGUCAACGAUUUAGUCCCGUAUGAUGGAAAUUGGCGACAAAUGUUCAUAGAACGACCCAAUGUACUGACAAUUGGUUGUUACAUAUGUAAAAUAACUUAUGUACGAAGAGGUGAAGAAUCUUUCAGAGACAACACUAAUGGACCUUCUUUUCAAGUUGUUUAUUACAGAUACUUAAGGUUUUUUUCCGAUGGCCGUGUUUUGAUGGUACUAUCUUACAAUCCUCCAUAUAAAAUAGUAAGAAAGUUACAGACAAGAGAGAAGGCACCUUUCAAUGUAUCCCCUGGACACUAUAGAUUGUCUGGUAAACAAUUAUUUUUGACUCUUGACAGCGAAGAUAAGGAACGUGAUCGAGAAUUCAACAGAAAAUAUGGCUGGGAAGACAACACAGAAAGGAAGACUACUUAUAACAUGGUUUUAGAAAUUUCAAAAUACAAAUCCAAACAGAACUGGAAAUUGCAAUGUAUAGACUAUGAAAUAGUUUAUCAAAGCAGAGUUAACAAAGUAAAGGUUACCAAAUACGAUUUAACUAAUAAUCGUUUUCCGCCAUUUAUAUUUUCACGCGUAAAAUGCUACUCAAAUGAAUCUGAACGUGUAUUAUAAGUAUAAAAUAAAAAACUCGACCAUUCAUUCGAGACUGUUAAAAAGAUUUUUGUUUAUUAUAACUUAAUAUUUUAUGUAUUAUUAUUUACUGUAUAUGUACUGUGUUUAAGACUAUAAAUUAAAUUUAAAUUCUGUACUGAUCAGCGGCCUGUGAUUUCUUCAAAACAAUUUAAUUUUGUUAUCUUCAAUGUUACCUGAGAUUACACAACACUGUGUAAUUAAUUAUGUAUUUUAUAAAAAAUUAAGUAAUUAACAUUUCUUAAUUAUAGUACAACCUAACCUAAAUAACAACUUCUAAUAUACAGAAACCGUUUUUCUGGUUAUUAUUAAUUGUUACCACUUUCAAUAUAUUAUGUGUUUUUGUUGAGGUUACGAAAGCAAACAGUUUGCUGGCUGUUUACUGAUCUAACAUAAUAUGAAGUUUGCUCAUUGUCAAAACAAAAAUAUAUUAUGAACCAAACAGUUAAAAAAGUCGGUUUGCGAUAGGUGCAAACAUUUUUGUAAACAGUUUUAAUUAUGGCUAAAAGAAUUUUAAGUACACCUGUAACUUUUAGCCGUAUGAAUAUCUCAAUAAUUUAAAUCUAUAUGUAUUUUAAUAAUAAUUUAACAAAAAAGCCAAGCAAGUUUAUACAUUUUAUUAUGAUAAGUGUGUUCCAAUUUUAUUUAACCAAUUUGAUGAAUUUGUUUUAAAUAAUAUUGAGUUUCUUUUGAUGUUCAACUAUUACAUUUACAUAACAGAACUGCAGAACUUGUAAGAGUGUAUUUUUUUUUGAAUACCAAUUAUGUAUUAUUAUCAAAUAUAGAAUCUAAAUAUAUUUCACAAUAUUUAUACCGCGUAUUCAAAUUCAUGAUGCUUAUCAUCUUCUAUUGUUAAGGUAUAGUGAUAUGUUAUUAUGUGGUAAUAUUAUAUCUCCCAACGUGUUAUUAACUACUAUUAUACAUUUAUACGUAACCAGACUACCCGGUGUGUUUAGUCGUUUAGUGUAAUGUUAUCUUUUGGUGUAUACUUUUACUGUAUAAUACAUGUAUUGACGUGUUUU